UCUUCCACCGGCAUUUGCAGUCACUACUUCUCAAGUCUUGUGUUUACGAACCAAAAUGUAUUUUUAAUUAAUUUAUGGGAGCAUACACGUCGUAAACCAAGGACCACCUGUAUGUACAGCACCGGUUUUCCUUAAGAUGGCGUCCCUCUUCCCAAAAGACAGCCCUCGUGUUGUCAAAUUCUUCGUGGCACCAUAAUGAGAGUCAUGCGGAGGCACUAUUUGCAACAGGGGCCGUGGGGGAAAACAUCUGUCUUUUCCGCCAAUGUCUCUCCGUGGGGGUCAGGGAAAGUCCGCUUUGACACUCAGCAUUGUCGUCCACGAGUCCUGAGAAGAGACACUUUGUAGGAUUCUUUCAGGACGAUUAUUUCCUGGGUGAAGCAGUGCACAUCACCAUGGAGCCAGGAAUACUGUGUCUUCUAGUUUUGCAAAACUAACGAGAAGGCCCCCUCUAUCACCAUGACAACCACCCUCAAAACAUCGUCAGUGAUCUUUAGCGCGGCAGCAUGUCUCCUUGUGCUUUCCAUGUGUCCCUGUACACUGCCAGCGCAUUUCGGCACGACUCCCAACAUCAAGCACAUCGUGGUGGGAAGGUGUUUCAGUUACAUCACACUCGUUAACCCCAGCGUUAGGUACGACUGUGAGGAGAUCUGGCAACAGUUUGAGGAGGCGGUGGUCCAGCAGCCGUCUUGCGGCGUGGCCGUGGAGGACUACCGACACAUGUUCCAAGCCAUGCCACAAACGUGGGCCUGCGACCGGUUCCUUUUCUGGAGUAAGACCAGGACACUCAUACACGACUAUGCGGCUGUGGUGCGUCACUUUUGGACACUGGAGGACACGCUGGUCGGUUACAUGUUCAACGAUCUCAUUUGGUGUGGUCAACAGGAAGACUCAGAUUUCAAUUUUGGUUCCUGUCCUCAGUGGUCGGCGUGUAUAGAUCACCCCGUGUACUCUCUGUGGAGGCAAGCUUCAAAAGAUUUUGCAGAAACGGCAUGUGGGAACAUCACUGUCUUACUCAAUGGGUCCAUUGAGGAUGCAUUCAACAGGAACAGUAUGUUUGGAAGUGUGGAGCUGGACGGUCUGAAUCCACACAGGGUGAACUAUGUCAACAUCAAGGUGGUGGCCAACCUGGAUGGACCAUUUAUAGAAUCCUGUGAUCGAGGUUCCAUCGUGGACCUGAUCCACAUCCUCCGGUCCAGAGGUUUCCGCUGGACCUGCUCAGACAAUGACCGGGUCCUGAUGAUCCUGCAGUGCAUCCAAAACCCGGAACACUCGUCCUGCAGGACAUGCGCAGACAGCCUGUCACACGGAAAGACGACAUUACGUUGAACUCACGGCAACUUCGUUAUUGUCCGAACUCACCCGUGCUUAGUUAGCUUCCAAGAUUACGCAAAAACUACUUGACCAAUUUCCAAAAAAUGUUGUAAAGUGGAGAGAAAAAGGCAAAGAAGGCAGACAAUGUUUUUUUUUGCUUGGCAUAUUUUGUUUGGCAUAUUUCAACAUUUUCCCUUAAUGAGUUUAGAGCAGGGGUGUCCAAAACGUGGCUGGGUGCCAUUUAUCGGCCCUGAGCACAUUUUAAAAAUACAAUUAAACAAGAAAACUACCAAAAACUGCAAGAAAAACAGAAAUAGAGCUGUAAUUUUACAAUAAAAAAAGUAGAAAUAAUAAAAUAAAGUCGUCGUAAUACUAUGAGAAAAAAAAAAUUACAAUAAUUCUCAUAAUACAGUGGAACCUUGGUUAGCGUAAUUCAUUUGUUCUGGAAGGUCCGAAACGGAUGUUAUCCAAACAAAUUUUUCCCACAGGAAAUAAUGUAACUCCAAUGAAUCAGUUCCAGAAAGCCAAAAAUGCUGAUUGUUAUUUAGCUAUUUAGCUCGCUAAACAAAAUGGCAACCGGAACCGAAAGUUACUUCACUAGUCUAGGAUGUCAUCAGUGGUUGUUAACACAACUGUAGUUUUACAGUUAUUGUUUGACAUGCAGAAAACAUUUCCAAAUGCAUACAACACAUAUCUUACCUUCACUGAAGACGUGAUUCUUGACGUGACUGUAAAAAGGAAGCUGGUGGUGGUGGUGGAUCUUGUUGCCACAUUGUGUCUUUGGUAACGUCUUCAAUUAAGUUAAAAAUAACCUUAAAUGCUAAUUUCACCCUUACAGUUGUCAUUUGUAUGUAUUUAGAAUAGUUUUAUGCAUGUAAAACUAUAAUUAUAAAACUAUAAAAACGAAUUUUGUGGUAACAUUUUUGAGAGUCCACCACUGAUGACAUCAGAGAUGAGCGACGUGACUUCCGGUUCUGGUUGCCAUUUUGUUUAGCUAGCUCAUAGCAUGCUAACAAGGAAGGACUGUUUGUGAUUAAAAUACAUAAAGAACACAUUUGGACUCAUGCAGUGUGUUAAUAACACAACAAGACCCGAGCCAUAUCGUACGCUAAGCAGAAAAUGCCAGCAAACCGAGGCAUAAUUGGGGCGUAAACUUUCUAUGUUAACCGAAAAACACACUAACUGGGGUGAACACUAACUGAUCCACUGUAUUAGUGACAAUUGCAUUUUUUUUUUUAAUUAGGAUCGGGAAAAGUUGUGUUUUUUUCAAUUUCAUAUUUUUUAAUAUGGUUUUAUAACUCAAAUUUAAUAUUUUUAAAAGAUUUUUUGGUUUUAAACAUAUUAGUUGGGUCAUCUACUGUAUUUUGAACCUCCAUUUAAAACGGGAUUCAAAAUCAUCAACAACAAGUCAAUAACAAAUAUGCAGGAGGCGUGCGGCUGUGAGGUGUACAAUUUGGACUCUGAUCCAAAUUAGGCCUUUGCCUUGGGCCUUGGCAGAGGUCUGUGCUCUUCUAGUUUCUCUUUAAAGGUCCCCUAUUAUGCAAAAGUGACCUUUUAAUGAUGUUCUAAUAGUAAUAUGUGUGCCUCAAGUGUGUUUAUGAGCCGCAAACAUCUUCCUCACUUUUUUGCUCCAGGCGCUCAAACGGUUACUUUUGUAGUUCCAUGAAGGGAAAACCUUCUUCCUCGUGGACAUGAUACCACCUCUGACCCACAACUACUUCACGGAGGAUUGCAAAACAAAACAACAGGCUUCGCUACACAUCUUAAGAUAAAGCCCUGCCACUAGAGAUGUUUUCCAUCUGCAUCAAAGCAUUAUUGCCUUUCGAUGGCCUUCAGUAUGAAGAUGUGUACGUCAACUUUUAAGAAAAGACCAAUCCUGACGCAAAUUCUGGAAAAUCUUUUUUUUUUUUUUGCUGCCAGUUAGCCGCUUUGCGUGAUUCCCCCCCCCCCUUCUUCAUCCUCGACUUCCUGGAAGCGUGCGCGGGGCGUGAGUCAUCUCGUCUCAGAAGAGAAGAUUGUGAAAGGUGACAAGCCAAUGUGUGACUUUCCCAUCGUAAACACCAGAGAACACCAUGUUGUGUUCUUAACCGGGGGGGGGGACAAACACUCCAUUCGCAAUGGCCCGGCACGUUUUUAACACACCCAGGAAGACACACACACGCACUCGAGAGGCACAUGAACGCAAGUGUCCGCUGUAAAAAAUGAGCAUUUCUGCUGUACUAUUUUUUGGGGGGGUGUAAAUUUUCUCGAGUGAACACAUUUUUAUUUAAUUUGAGUGACGCCUUCCUUUCUGUCAAAUAAACAAUUUCGUAUUAUUCCUUAUUUACUGACUUUAUCCUGUCCUAUUUCAUUGAAUUUCAUAUUAUUGAGGUAUUUUGAAGUACUUGAUUCCAUUUUUAUUUCACUUCAAUUUAUAAUUUUUUUUAUUCACUCAC